GAUGCAUCGGUCCUGGGCACACUUCACAUGAUUAUUCAUCGUCACUCUCAACCCCUUGAAUGAGGUAGAGGUGGAAUUGGGUAGUUUGGAGGGAAUAGCUGCUUUGGUUUAAAUCAAGAUCACAACAAUCUCAGGAUACAACAGAAAGGAUAAUCAUACCAGAUGGAUUCCUCGAUGAUUGGGGACGGAUGAUAGAAUAAGCACAACAGUAAGACGGAUACUGCACACCAACAAGUCGCAUGAAAAGGUGACAUAAUUCCUACUACUGGUUAUUCAUGCGAAGAAUAACUUUGGGAUCAGUAACAUCAUAUUAGUAGCCAUGGGUAUGACCAAUUAAUGAAUUAACAAAAGUUGCAUCAUGAAGUUGUGAUGAGAUAGGAUAUGUACAUCAACUGAGUGUAUCAGUCUGUCCACAGUUUGUUACGUGGUCGGAUACUUCUGUAAGACAUAACAGCACUUUCAGGACACAAGGGAUAGAUGUGCUGAUGCUGUCUUGUAAAGGAAUAACUUCUUCAUUCAAUAUGCCUAAAUCUUUUGAAGAUGUUUCCAAAUGUCAUCCCUGACCUCCGAUAUGUAAUCACCAGAGGUCACCACACCAGCUCAACAUGGAGAAUGUCCACCAGAAUAUUAAUGGGACCGAACGUGAAAAACUUCUUGAGCAGUUACUGACAGUAGACUUGGAGGAUGUUGUCUAUGGUGCCUUACUUUCCAUUCUUGGUCUUCUCAUUGUGUCUGGGAACCUGCUCGUCAUCAUUGCCGUUAAUAAGAACAAGACCCUCCGAAACAAGAUGUAUGUGCUAAUUGUGAGCUUGGCCAUAGCUGACCUUUUAACUGGGUUAGUGCAUCCAUUGAAUGCCGUCACAUACUUUGUCAAAACACUCAAUCAGAGCAAACGAUUAUGUCUGAUUAUCGACUUUCUUGGCCUGGUACCUCUUUCGGCAUCAGUGCUUCAUCUUUGUGCCAUCUCCGUUGACCGAUUCAUUGCGAUCAACUUCUCAUUACAUUAUGAAAUGAUAAUGACGAGGCGGACCAUCGUGGUGACUUUACUCAUCUCUUGGGGGCUAUCAGUGAUCAUCGGUGCUAUCCCUGGCCUGGGUGUGAACACCUGGAACGCCCCACUCAUCCCUUGGUGUUACUGGCAGGACGUCAUAACACCAGAGUUCUUACUCUUCAUAGGAAUCGUGCUCAUUCUCGGCAGUGUGCUCAUGGUGACGUUAUACACCCAAAUAUUCAUCAUGGCAUGGAAACAGCACAAGAAGAUCUCCGUUGGGAAACGCAUCAUUGACCGUGAGAAACAUAAAGGCUGGCGACGGGACAUGAAAGCAGUUAAAGUCAUAGGUGUUGUUAUAGGUGUUUAUCUGACUUGCUGGUUACCUAGUGCCAUUAUGAUGGUCAGGGGCUACCUCCAGAUAGACAUUCCACGCUAUAUACGCAAUAUCGUGUUUAUCUUUGCGAUAGCCAAUAGUAUGAUGAAUCCGUUGAUUUAUGCGUGGGGAAACAAGACGAUGAGAAAGACUUUCAAAAGAAUUUUACACAUUCCUGAAAAACCCCAGUCAGAACAGGAAUAUACACCGAGGAAGAAUUACUCUGAUUUGGACAAUGUUCGAAACGGAAAUGUUUUAAAUCUUGAGAAGGUGGACGAUAGCUCAAUUAGCUGACACAUCGCUGAAAGCUCUGUGUGAGGGACGGCGAGGCCGCUGGAUCCUGAAUUAGCUUAUCAUUCUCAUUCAUAUCAGGGUAACUCGGCUAUAUAGACCAGUCAAUAAAUACACCGCACAACUACCACAUUUUCUAAACAGAUAGUGCUGCCAUCUCUGUAACAGUUGUGAUUCAAAUUACAGCUGCUUUUCCACGUGCCUCUUGCCGUGUAGAGAAAGGAACAGCAAUGUGUUUUGUUUGAGGUGUGGACAGGCUGAUCUACCACGAGCUGGCAUUGUGGGUAAUAGAUGACAUUUGUCACAUAUAUACAUAUCUAU